AUGCCGAUCAAUCUUCUUUUUCCUCUUCUUUUCCUUCUUUUAUCCACCUUCUUUACGCUUUCAACAAAUAUUGCAGUUCCUCAAGAACUCUACAACUUAUCUCAAAACCUCAUUGCUUAUGACACCCCCACUGUAUCACCUUCUUCUUCUUUAGUAGUUUCUUUUUCAAUCUCUCCUUCUCCAUCGUCAACAAACUUACCAGUGAAUCCUCCUCUAGUGCCUGCUUUCUUUAUUUUUGGUGACUCCUCUGUUGAUUGUGGAACCAACAAUUAUCUUGGCACUUUUGCUCGUGCUGACCAUAGUCCUUACGGUAGAGAUUUUGAUACUCAUAAGCCAACUGGAAGGUUUUGCAAUGGAAGAAUCCCGGUUGAUUAUCUUGCAUUGCGCCUUGGGCUUCCCUUUGUACCAAGUUAUCUUGGGCAGAUGGGAACUGUUGAAGAUAUGAUUAAAGGGGUGAAUUAUGCAUCUGCUGGUGCUGGAGUUAUAUUCUCAAGUGGAUCAGAACUGGGUCAACGAAUCUCCUUCACGCAGCAAAUUCAGCAGUUCACGGAUACUUUACAGUCGUUUAUUUUGAAUAUGGGUGAGACUGCCACAAAUGAGCUCAUCUCGAACUCAGUCUUCUACGUUUCUAUUGGAGUCAAUGACUACAUACAUUACUACUUGCGUAACGUAUCCAAUAUCCAAAACCUGUACCUACCAUGGAGCUUCAACCAGUUCGUUGCAGCUUCAAUAAGGCAGGAAAUAAAGAACUUGUACAAUAUGAAUGCCAAAAAAGUAAUUCUCAUGGGGCUACCACCUAUUGGCUGUGCUCCUUACUAUUUGUGGAGGUACAACAGCAAGAAUGGGGAGUGCAUUCAGGAGAUAAAUGACAUGAUUCUGGAGUACAACUUUGUAAUGAGAUAUACGAUUGAAGAGCUAGGUCUGGAACUCCCUGAGGCCAAAAUCACCUUCUGUGAUAUGUAUCAAGGUUCAAUGGAUAUAAUUAAGAACCAUGAACUCUACGGUUUUAAUGUCACUAAUGAAGCUUGCUGUGGGUUAGGAAAGUAUAAGGGAUGGAUCAUGUGCCUUGCAUCAGAAAUUGCGUGCAGCAAUGCAACCAACCAUAUCUGGUGGGAUCAAUACCAUCCAACUGAUGCAGUGAAUGCCAUCUUGGCAGAUAAUGUUUGGAAUGGCUUGCACACAAAAAUGUGCUACCCUAUGAACUUAGAAGAUAUGGUUGCUCCAAAAACCAAAUAA